UAUGUGCUAUAUGUCAUGUAAACAUGCACGGGAGUGGUGAUUUUUAAAUGAAUCUUAUUCGAUAAAUAGGAUCUUUGAUUUUGUAUUAGCAAAACGUUUUCCUUAUAGGAAUCAACUUAAGUUGUUUAACACUAAGUAACUCAGGAGGAAUUCGUUCUAUUAAGUCUGAUAUAAUGGCUGAAAUUACGAACAGUGAAAAGGUUAUAGAGUUCUCAUCUCUAGGCUCAGAAGAUCAAGAACUGGUGAAGGCGAGUGUGAAAGCUCGGGAGUUUGCUUACUGCCCGUACAGCCAGUUCAAGGUUGGGGCUGCUGUAAGGGUGCAGGAGGGAAGUAUCUUUACGGGAUGCAACAUAGAGAACGCAGCCUAUCCAGACAGCUUGUGUGCAGAGCGAACAGCUUUGGCUAAGGCCGUGAGUGAAGGCAACACAAACUUCUCCGCCGUGGCAGUUUCUGGCCUUUUGGAACCUGAUCAAAAGUUUGUCUUCCCUUGCGGUUCUUGUAGACAAUUCAUCUCAGAAUUUUCAAGGGACAGAGAUGUUACGAUUUAUAUAGUUAAGCCCGACCUAAAAAAUGUAUUGGUGACUUCAGUCAAGCAAUUGUUGCCACAUAGCUUUCAUUUUUGAAAAAGAAAUGAAUUUUAAAUUGCAAAUUGAUAUGGUAGUAGUUAGAAAGUUCAGUAAGCUAAAAAGUAAUUCUUUGAGUUACCUUCAUAAAGCUAAUGCUGGUAAGGUGGUUAUUCAAUUUGGAUCUUAGGCGGGCAUCUAGUUAUUCAAAUUCAUGUAUAGGACUAACUUAAGUUUAUAAUGUGAUAAUUAUAAUUUUAUCCUUAAUCAGAGGUGCUGGUAAUAUAUUUAUUCAUUAUUUAAAUGGGUACCGGUGGCAUAUAUUUAAAAACUACACUGCUAUAAGAUGCGUUUACAGCUCUGGAACGAGGUGUGUAGAGACAGACGAGGAAAAAUUAGGUUCUGUUGUAUGUUUCACCCUUUUACCUAUUUAUGCUGGGACAGUGGAGUGGGCUAAGCUCAACGAACAUUUGUUUUAAAAUAAAAUUGAGUAUUGUUGAAUUGAGCCAUUAACAGAGUGUAGGCCUACUAGUGCAAAUUAACUAAUUUCUAUAAAAUACGCCAGCAUUUUAACAAAGCCAAAUUGAAAGUACACACUAUUUUAAGCUGUAAGCACAUAGCAUGUUUUAUGACACACCAAUUAAUUAUCACUGUAAAAAAACGAUAGAAAAAAUUAUUUUUUUACUGUGGAACAAUUUGUGAGUGGCUAAACUAUAAACAAUAGACAAUUCCCCUGUAUUUUUGGUUUCUUAAAGAAAUGCAAUUUGGUGUCCCUGCAGUCUUUUUUCAUUUAAAAAUUGUUAAUCAUUUAUUAUGAAUGAGAUUGUAAACAAUAGACAAAACAGUUUAUGAAAAUGUAUUUUAAAUAGGCUAGCCUACUUAUUUAUAACUCUAAAUUAUCUAAUUUAGGUAGGUAAAUCGCUCUUUAUGGCCUAGUCUAGAUUUAAAGCAACAAAUUUAAUUUAUUGUAAAUUCACAGUUUUAUUCACCAAACAACUGUUUCAAACAUAAGUAAAAGGGUAGUAUUGCAUUUAAUUCGUUUUGUCUCAGAAAUAAGUUUUGAAAUCUAUUAAAUUGUGCAAUCUGCGACAGGUCCCCUCGUAUUACUUAUUUUAAGGAUCAUAUGCAAAAAAUCCUUUGUGAAAUAGAUAAAUGAAAAUCGUAUCCACUUUAAAAAAGCUCUUCUUUCAAAUUUUUUGCUUGACAUACAUUCUGUUAAACUUAUUUUUAAGUGAUAUGACUAAGAAAUGUUAACUACCUAGGCCUAUUUACAUUUCAAUGAUGUACUAGACUUUUCACGAUGAUGACAAUGUAAAAGCAAUUACUCCUGUAAGCUUAAGCCAAUUGUGUUCAAACUUAAAUAUAUUUUGAUAAAUAUAUUUUUUUAAACAUAUAAACAAAAAUGAAAAAAAAAUCUUUUGAAAAAAAAACUGUCUUUUAAAAAUUAAAUUGGUGCAGAUCAUCUAAGGCUGCACAUGUGUGAUAUUUUUGCUUCUAGUCAGUUAUUCUUUAAUGGUUUAUCAACAAAUUGGAUGAACAAUGAUUUGUAAAUAUUAUUAUUUAUUACUGGACUCUAAAUUCCAUUCCACAAUGAAUGUUGUACUUGUAUUUCAAUUUGUUUGCAAUCAAUAAAUAAAGAAGGAAUAUUUUUUAUAAAA